UUUUCUCUCUCUCUUUCAUUCCAGAUAACCUGUUCGGCAUAUGCUCAGAGAAAGGCCUACCCCUGCAAGUACCCAACUACGACCUGACGGACCCGCAGCGCAUCGGGUUACUGGAGAGCAAGAUUUUGAAGUUGCUGAUCGAAGGUUAUACUUGGCAGGAUGCUUAUACUCAAUGCAUUGUACAAAACUUGUUGGUCGCAUCAGCCGCCACGACACUUGAUGCUGCUCUGCCACUAGAUUGCAGUGGUGGUGGUCAUGGCGCCAGUGGCAGUGUUGGUGGUGCUGACGAAACGAUAUCGCCGUUGCUGUUAUCGCGAUGGUCCCUGCUGAAUGAUGGCAAAGAUUUAGACGACGCCGAGCAUCGAGACGUGAUGGCUGGAAGGAAUUAUAUUAUCAGUGAUAGUGGCCUUUCUGCUGCUGCUAUCAUUGGUGAUGAUUUUGGCGGGGGUGGUGGUGGUGGUGGUGGUGAGAGUAUCAGUGAUGGUGAUGAUGGUGAUGGAGAUAGCGAUGAUGAUGACCAUGAAGAGGAGGAGAGGCAGGAACAAGAUGUUGGUGGUGAUGGUGAUGAUGAUGAUGGUGGCAAUAGCAUUGAUGGAAGUUUGGAUUACAAUAGCGAUGUCUAUGAUUCUGUACCCAUUCCACCCGUGCAGCAGCCGCAGCAGCACCCUAAUUUCCUCAAGUCGAGCAAGCGUGACGAAAUCGUACGCAUUCACAAGUACUUUGACCAACCAGCGGUGCCAAGCCGUCGAUCUAGUGAGCCACCCCUCUCACGGGAAGAAGCCCUCGCGGAAAGAUAUGGGCUGAUGCCAAACGGCGAGUUGAUCGACAGCAUUCCAGCUGCAGACCGGAACAAAGUCUUCGAACAAGUCUUUAAUGAUGCUGGCUCCCUGGAUGGUGACAGCAUUGUUGCAGACAAUGGCAAUGAGGCUGUUGAUGAUGAUGAUUCUGUGGUCGAUAGAGAAGCUCUGAGACUCAUAAACGAAAUAUCUGCGUCUGCUGAUCCCAAAUUGGAAGACCAAAGCAACGAGAACCUUAUCAAUGCUGACAUUGAUGAUGAUGCUAACGCUCCCUUGGAUCUUACCCCUCUCACUUAUGUUCCACCUGAUUCAUCUAGACUGGACAGCAACAUCAUAGUCGCCGGUGAGGACCAGAAUAACAAUAACAACUACAAUACUGAAAAUGGUGAUGAUGAUGAUGGAAACACUGACAGAGAUGACCGAUCUUUAAAACGGUCAGUGGCUGAGAAUCUCGUAGAUUUUGAUGGUACUGAACGGAACCAACUACUACCACAGUAUUUACUCAACCUGCAGAAGCUGCUAUCAGAGCAGAUCGGAAGCGAAAGCGAAAGCCAAAGAGAGAAUGAACGUGAAAGAGGAGUUAGAAUGAAAUUUAAUAACCCUGACGAGAAUUUAGUCGGAAAUAGAGAACUGCAAGAUGAGAUGACAAAUAAAAUGAUCAUGGAUUAUCCCCGCCCGGAUUAUUCACUUCUGUCUGAUUUGGCCAAUGAUUAUAGAGGUAUGAACGAUAAGGGUCGUUUCCAACAAGAUAAUGGCCUUGGUGCUAACUCAUUGAAGCCAGGCACCAAAGGUCUUUGGGAUGAGGAUUUCAAACAGAUGCCCGAGAUGGAUUAUGAUUAUGAUUAUCCAACAGAAACCGCAGCUUCUGACCCCCGGUUUCCAGUAUUCAAGUCCUCGCUGAAGUCUGAUGAGUCUUUACCAAACAUGGACAGACCAAUUGAUUCUGACAAGCUUGACCUGAGCAAUGCUGAUUCAGAAGCUUUGAAAACCUUGCUUAAGGAUAUCCUAAUGAAAGCUGUGGAUGUGCCCCCAUCACAGAGCCAGUCUGUCGGUGCCUCUUUGAGUGAUUCUGGUUCAAAUGAUGGCAAAUUCAUGUCUAACGAUCUCGGGGACAUUGACCUGUCUCAACUGAAACAAGCUGAGGAGUUGUUGCGAAAGACAGGUCAGCUAAAAUCCAAGAGUUUGCUGAAUCUUAACGAAGGUGACAGGCACCCUAAGUUUACCCUGCUUCAACGGGUAGGAGAACCUGUUUAUAAAAAGGCUGUCCUGAUGGAGAAUGAAAACGACGAAACAGCCACUGUAUCUGAAGAGAAGCCAGGACAAGCCACAGACCAACAAAAACACUAUGACCAAGUUGACGCCAAUUACGCUUUUGUCGGCAUAUCUAAUGGGUAA